UGAGCCAGUCUUGCCAGUCAGUAGGUUUACUCUCCCAUAUUGAUACGUAAAGUGAAAAAAAAACGAAAUUUAUUCCAACAUUUUAUUAUUUUUUACCGGAGCCCGGAGAACCGGACUUCUACCCUCCGAAUAAUGCAACUCACACAGGAUGUCAUCUACAACUACACUAGGCGAAACGUUGAUAGGAUCAAGAGCCUUAAAAUUGUGGGCUUUGGCCUCACGGAUGUGUCCAUCCUCAGGGGGGCAGUGUCCGUCGAGAUCUUGAACCUAACAUCCAACCAAAUCGGUACUCUCUCUCACUUUGCGGACUGCUCCGAGCUGCAGCAGUUGCUUCUGCGCGAUAAUAACAUUCGGGAGUUCCGUGAAAUCGAGUAUCUGAAGGAUCUGAAAAACCUCCAUACCCUCGUCCUGUCGCAGAACCCCUUCUGCGUUAUGUUGGGAUCAGAAUAUCGGGCUAUGGUAUUGCGCGUCUUGCCCAAUCUGACUUUUCUGGACAUGUUAGAGGUCACCAGAGAGGAGCUGGCCGCCUCUCUGCUUCCUAGGCAGUUGCGACAGGGUCGCUCCGGACGCACCUUAGGAUACCCCGGACACCCCCGCAGGAGAUCGAACGUUCUAACAGCCAGUCUGAAUUUAGUUAUGGAUCUGAACUUGAACGAACUUGCGGAGCUUGAGGCUGCCGUGCGCAAUCGCAUUCAGGCGGUGACGCAGGAUUAGUAAAUAAAUUCAAGUACUUGACGCGCAUGUCCGAUAGAGUAGAGGAGUAGAGGACACGCGAAACAGGAGUAGCCGGAGGCUGGAGCACGCAAUCAUCCACCAUUUAUCCACAAUUUCAAAUCAGAACAGAAUGAAGCGUCAGAUGAGGCAUUCAUUGUUGCAGAAUGGAUCUGCCCAUCUGCAAUCCAUCACAAUCGGGGUCAUGAGAUUAAUAAUCUAUAUUCGAUGACAAAAAACACCAACAAUAGACCUAGACUCUGGCGUUUCUUUCUUUUAAUGUCAAAAGCGAACUUUUAUAAAAUUGUUAAAUUGUUGUUUGACACGACCAAAGAACCAAUGCCAGUAUACAAUGAAA